AUGCAGGGCCGCAAGACCAACCUCAGCCAGCAUGUCCUGGAGCUGUGUGAUAGCAUCACCCUGCAAGAGCAAGCGCGGAAGCUGUCGCGGCACCGCUGCGAGGAAAAGCUGUGCCGGCAGGGAGAGCUGCUCCCGCCCCUGCGUCAGGCGCUGGCCGAGGACGUGCGCGCCCUGCGCAGUGCCCAGAAGCCCAAGGGAGCUCUGUCCUGCCCACGGCACAAGCUCACCCUCAGCGAGGCUUGCCGAGAGCCAGCCCUGGGCAUCGCUUUGGCCGGACAGACGGCGGAGGUAGCCAAGGAAAAGCUCCAGGCCAAAAUCCACGACCGGGCCAACACCUGCAACAUGCUGCUGUACCAGCUGAGGCAGCGGAGCCAGGUGCGGGACGAGCUGCAGAGGCGGCUGCAGCAGCUGCAGGAGGCUGAGAGGAUGGAAAAGCAGCACCAGGCGCAGAAGAAGGAGAUUCGGCGGCUGCAGAACAACAUCGCCAAGAUGCGCGUGAAAACGCAGGAGGCGCAGAAGAUGACGCGCCUGUACCUGGCGGAGCGGGAUGCCCUGAGGAAGGAGCUGGCCAACCUGCCCCCGCACCUGGACCUCAUGAGCCACACGGCCGAGCUGUACCAGGGUGAGCUGGAAGACAUGGAGCUCCUGGCCUCGGAUACCCUCAGAGCCGCCGCUGCAGCCAAGGCGGACUUGGCCAAGGCAGAAACUCGCUUCCUUGAAGACAGAGAGUGGAUGCAGGAUUCCUUGGCCGCCCAGAGGCGGCUCCAAGCCCAACCCUUGCUCAAGGAAGCCCGACCCAAGUUCAACUUGGACUCGCUGAGCCUGCGCUCACAGGACUCGGUGAUGGCUGCCAACCUGCAGGCAGCCCGGGCCCAGAGGGAGCACAGGGAACGCGUGGCCCGGAUGGUGGAAAGAGCCAAGACUGUGACGCAGUCCUCCCACAUCUGGGAGAUCCCCAGCAGGCUCCUGGAAUGGGAGCAGUCCACAGUGUACCUGCAGAAGUAUAUCAAGGAGCUGAAGGAGAAGAAGCAGGCACUGAAGGAGACGCUGAAGGAGCUGGAGAGACAGCAUGAAGUUUCAGCCCCCCAACAGAAUCAGGUUUUUGCCACUGCAUCCCUGUGCACUUGUAUGGACGUGACUGUGUUUGGCUGCAGCCCGUUGGAGGAGGAGCUGAGGCUAAAAUGGCAGCAGGAAGAGGCUCGGCUGGAGCACAUGCGAGCCCAGACUAAGAAGAACAUGGAGCUCCUGCUUGAGGUUGAAAACGGAGUGGACGACCUCCAGUUCCGCCUGCGCGGCGUCACCGUGCCCGGCCAGGACGACUCUGCCCAGGCCAUGGGGCUGGUGGAGAAGCUCCAGGCCUGUGGGCAGAAGCUGCAGUACCUGGCACAGCACGUGGCCAACCUGCCCCCCGACAGCUACAGCCGCGACAAGGACAAUGAGACCUUUGUGAAGGUCAGAGAAGUCCUUGAGGAAAGGGCUGCCAAAGACCCCAACAACCUGAAGGUUUCCUUGGAGGGCAGUGGCGGUUCUGCCCGAGACUCCUCCCACCUUGACGACUGUGACGAGCAGGUCCCCACCAGGGCAGACAUCAAGAAGCAGGGGCUGCUCCUGGUCCACAGGAGGAAGAGAAGGGGCUAUUACUAG